ACGGCAAUCAAAUGGCAAUCAAAAGAAAAUCAAAUAGAAAACAAUUGGAAAACAAAGGAAAAUCAUAAGGAAUCAAAAUGGAAUCCAAUGAAGAUCAGAUGGAAAUCAAUUUGAAACCAAUCGGGAAGCAAAAGGACAACAGAAGAAGAUCAAAAGGCAAUCAAAAGAAAAUCAAAAGAAAAUCAAAUGGCCACAAAAGAAAAUCAAAUGGCACUCAAAUGGAAACCAAACGAAAAUCAGAAGGAAUCAAAAGGAACUAAAAGAAAUCAAAAAAAUAAUUUGAAAACAAAUGAAA